GUGACUCCUGUUGUUCCUCGUGCGCCAGGAGGGAAAGCUGAGGAGAAACCGGUCUGUCUGCAGCGUUUGCAGAGUUUCUCAGUUCCGCCACUUUCAGAAACUCACAGCAGCUUUAGACUCCAGUUUAAAGGAAGCAGAGAAAUUAUGUCUAAACCUAAGUUAGCUGUGUUUGAUCUCGAUUACACACUCUGGGAGUUUUGGGUGCAGGGUGUAGACUCACCUUUUCACAAAGAUAAAAGUGGAAGGGUACUGGACUCCAGUCACUAUCACUUACUUCUUUUUAAAGACACUGUAGAGAUAUUGCGUUCUCUUCAAGCUCAGGGCAUCCAGAUUGGCAUUGCAUCACGCACAGGAGACACAGAUGGAGCCAAUCAGCUGCUUUCCCUCUUUGACUUGGACCAGUACAUUUCCUUCAGAGAGAUUUACCCGGGGUCAAAGAUCACCCACUUCAAAAGGUUGCAGGCAGACAGUGGAGUUCCAUUUACAGACAUGAUGUUCUUUGAUGAUGAGCAGAGGAACAUCGUAGACGUCAGCAGCCUGGGAGUGCACUGUGUGCUGGUUCAUGAAGGAGUGACGUCCAAAUUAGUCAACGAGGAGCUUCAGCAGUUUCAGAAGAAGCCCUGAGUUUAGCUACCUCUGCUCCAGUGGUCACCACAGCCUGACUACACCUCACCUGGUCACUGUGCACUGUAAGACUGUGGGCAGCGCUUUAUUUAUUUUAGAAUAUCUGCUCGGAAGAGUGUGAGAAAAAUUGUUACAUACUCACCAAAAGUGAAACUGCACUUACAUUUAACCUGAAGUAAAGUACAGAAAUUAUGGUACUUGUUUUUUUUUUUACUUGUACAUUUUUUUAUGAAAUGUAUUUUUAUAAUCUGUAUUGUUGUCAGAAUAAGUAUUUUAGAACAGAUUUUAAAAGAGAUUGUUUAGCAAACAGAUAUAUUGGCUGUUUUUGUUUAAAUAAAGCCUGAAACUUU